GGAGAAGAUCCAUUGACAGCAGAGCAUGCUAGCAUUGUCUGUCUCUGUACAUUGUCCUGAAUGUUCUCUGCUUAUGUUUCAGAUGACAGCGCCUCGGCCUCCAGCAGCAUGGAGGUGACUGACCGCAUUGCGUCACUGGAGCAGCGUGUGCAGAUCCAGGAGGAUGAGAUCCAGCUGUUGAAGUCUGCCUUGGCUGAUGUAGUGAGGAGGCUGAAUGCAUCAGAGGAGCAGCAGGCACUUCAGAACAGGAAGGGACCCACCAAAGCUCGGCCCUUGGUCCAGGCACUGCCAUUGAGGACAGCCGUAAACAGCGAGACCAUCUUACCAAAGAAACCUACCGGCUCUCUCCCAUCUCCAUCGGGGACCAGGAAAGACAUUGUUCCGCUAGUAUCCAAAAGGUAA